AUGAACACUCCUGAGGAAUUAAAAAUAGACAGUAACCGGGCUACCAUAGAAAGUAACAGGACUGCCAUAGAAAGUAACAGGGCUGCCAUAGAAAGUAACAGGACUGCCAUAGAAAGUAACAGGGCUGCCAUAGAAAGUAACAGGGCUGCCAUAGAAAGUAACAGGGCUGCCAUAGAAAGUAACAGGGCUGCCAUAGAAAGUAACAGGGCUACCAUAGAAAGUAACAGGACUGCCAUAGAAAGUAACAGGGUUGCCAUAGAAAGUAACAGGGCUGCCAUAGAAAGUAACAGGGUUGCCAUAGAAAGCAACAGGGCUGCCAUAGAAAGUAACAGGGCUGCCAUAGAAAGUAACAGGACUGCCAUAGAAAGUAACAGGGUUGCCAUAGAAAGCAACAGGGCUGCCAUAGAAAGCAACAGGGCUGCCAUAGAAAGUAACAGGGCUGCCAUAGAAAGUAACAGGGUUGCCAUAGAAAGUAACAGGGCUGCCAUAGAAAGUAACAGGGCUGCCAUAGAAAGUAACAGGACUUGUGAAAAUAUACAUGUAUACUGCAUUUGA